AUGCCCGUCCAGUCCAAGCCCAUCCCCGCCCUCUACACGGUGUACAUCCUCCGUUCCACCGUACGCCACGCGUCUCUCUACAUCGGCUCGACGCCCAACCCCCCGCGCCGUCUGAAGCAGCACAAUGGCGAGGCCCGCGGCGGCGCUGCUCGCACUUCCCGUCUGAGCCUGCGGCCCUGGGAGAUGGUGGGGCUGGUAUCCGGCUUCCCGGGCAUGGUUGCUGCUCUAAAGUUUGAGUAUGAUCUCCGUCCCGUUCUCAUGCCUGUCUAG